CGUUCAGCAAGAUGGCCGCCUCCAUGGGGGCAACGCUGUUCCUGUAAAUCAGUUUACUUUUUAGAUUUGUGUAGAGUAGUGUUGUAAAACAGCUUUUAUCCACGCGAGAAAUUUCACCGGAGCUUUGCAUCAGUUGUGGCAGAGAUGAAGACCUUCUGUGGCAGAGCCAACCCUACCACCGGAGCCUUAGACUGGGUGGAGGAGAGCGAGGAGUACGACUACCACCAGGAGAUAGCCAGGUCCUGUUAUGCUGAUAUGCUACAUGAUGAUGACAGGAAUCAGAAGUAUUACCAGGGUAUCCGGGCAGCUGUUGGCAGAGUGAAGGCGCGGGGUGGGAAGGUCAUCGUUCUGGACAUUGGGACAGGAACGGGCCUGCUGUCCAUGAUGGCUCUCACCGCGGGAGCUGACUUCUGCUAUGCUGUGGAGGUUUUCAAACCGAUGGCAGAGGCAGCACAGAGCAUCGUGAAGAAGAACGGCUUCUCUGAAAAGAUAAAGAUCAUUAACAAACACUCCACUGACGUCACUGUGGGGCCAGAUGGAGAUAUGCAAGUGAAGGCCAAUGUUCUGAUAACAGAACUGUUUGACACAGAACUGAUCGGUGAAGGAGCGCUGCCCAGUUACGCCCAUGCUCACCAAAAUCUGGUCCAGGAGGGUUGUGAGGCGGUCCCGCACCGGGCCACCGUGUACGCCCAGCUGGUGGAGUCCGAACUGCUGUGGAGCUGGGCUCAGCUGCAGCCGAUGGAGGUGGAGGGGGCCCACCUUGUCCCACUGCCUACUGGGGUCCCAUGUGCUGGAGCUCAUGCAGUAUGUGACAUCCAGCUGAGCCAGGUGCCCCCCCACAGCUUCACCCCGCUUGGUCCUCUCUGCACCAUGUUCAGUGUGGACUUCAGUAAACCAGUCAGCAGUGCUUUCCAGUCCCACAGCUCCCAGUUUGUGGCUCAAGCUGGGGGGAAGGCCCAGGUGGUCCUCUCCUGGUGGGACCUGGACAUGGAUCCAAGUGGAAGCAUUGUGUGUACCAUGGCCCCCAGCUGGACAUACCAACAACCAAAGAUGGCUCCGUGGAGGGACCACUGGAUGCAGAGUGUGUAUUUCCUGCCUGUGGAGAGCAGUGUGUUGGAGGGAGAGGAGCUGAGCCUGACCGUCUGCCAUGACGACUACAGUCUGUGGUACAGCCUGCGGUCUCCUAGCCUGCAGGGCUCACAGAGCGAGGCUGCCCCCUCACGGCCCUGCUGCACCUGCCAGGCUCACCUGGUUUGGAACAGACCGCGCUUCGGUGAACUCAACGACAGAAGGCGCACACAGAGUUACGUCAGCGCUCUGCGCAGCGUUCUGAGGGAGGAAGGGGUGUGUCUCAGUGUCAGUGAUGGAAGUCUGCUGCCGGUGUUUGCUCGUAUGCUGGGAGCCAAGAAGGUCUACGGUUUGGAAAACUCCAGAAUGUCCAAACGGGUUAUUGAGCAGGUGUUGGAGGCCAACUCCAUGAAAGGAGGGGUGAAUCUGCUGGAAAUCAGACCUGAGCAGCUGAGCAGUAAUGAUCUAGGAGGGGAUCAGAUCUCAGUGCUGAUGGGGGAGCCGUACUUCAGCACCAGCCUCUUGCCCUGGCACUCCCUGUUCUUCUGGUACUCCCGGACGGCGCUGGCAGGCCUGCUGCAACCCGGCGCCGCCAUUCUGCCCAGCUCCGCCACUCUGCACAUGGCCGCUGUAGAGUUCCAGGAUUUAUGGAGGAUAAGAGCUCCGUGUGGAACAUGUGAGGGCUUUGAUGUGUCACCCAUGGAUGAAAUGGUGCAGCGAUCUCUGGAUUUCCGUGAGUCCAGUGAGGCGGAGCCCCACCCUCUGUGGGAGUAUCCAUGCCGUGCUUUGACCCCGCCCACAGCCGUCAUGACCUUUGACUUCACACAGUGUGUCCCUCAACAGCCAAUCAGCAGUAAGGGAUCACUGCCCUUCACAAGGAUUGGUCGUUGCCAUGGUGUUGCGUUGUGGAUGGAAUAUCACCUAACUGAUGACAUCACUGUCAGUGCAGGCCUGAUCGGACCAGUCAGUGAGCAGGGUGAGUGUGAGUGGAGUCGCAACAGGAAACAGGGAGUGUAUUUCUUCAGGUCACCGGGGGAGAGCUCAGGUGACGGCAGAGCCUCUGUGUCUUACAGCUUCACCUUCGAACCCAGUUUAGGAGACAUUAAGAUGGACUUCAGCAUCGAGGCUCAGUGAUAUGGAGACUGGGGAACUGUGCUUCAGCCAUGAUGGUGUGAAAUGCGACCAUCAGUAUUUACAGUCGUUCAUUUGAAGUGCAUUUCAUAUGCAGCUAUCGGAAGAAUUUAGCAAAAGAGUUUUCUUUUUCGCGAUAAAAUAGAAUAAUAGUACAUCAAAGGUGAGUGUCACUGAGUUUAUCCUUUAGGUUCAUUGCAGCAAAAGAGCCGAGGAACUUGUAUACCGGAGACGUCCUGCAGCUUUUGUGAUUUUACCUGUCAGCACAACCCACUGUGUUAUUGUAGUGUUUCAUAAAGUUUUAUAUUGCUUG